UCCGCCCACGACCACCGCGCAUGCGCACCGCCGGGAGCGACAAAGCGUGUUUCCAAGUUUGGCGGCGCAAAAGUUUUUGGUGAGCCAGACUCGCCAGACGUCGGCGCGACUCCCUCCCCCAUGAAGAUCCGCUUUGCCCCGCUCAGCGUCCCGCUGAGGCGAAGACUGCAAACCGCCGCCGUGCUGCAGUGGAUCUUCUCCUUCCUGGGUUUAGCCCAAUGCUGUCUCGCCACCUUCAUCCUCUUGUCUUUCUCCUCCUGGUGGACGCUGGCAUUUCUCUACGCCGGCUGGCUGUGGCUGGACCGGGACACGCCCAACCGCGGAGGUCGCCGGUGUCCGUGGAUCCGGCGCUGGAGCGUGUGGGAACAUUUUCGUGACUACUUUCCCAUCAAGCUGGUGAAAACGGUCGACCUGGACCCCGGCAAGAACUACAUAUUUGGAUUUCAUCCACACGGUGUGCUGGCCACCGGGGCGUUCUGUAACUUCUGCACAGAGUCCACGGGGUUCUCCGGUCUUUUCCCUGGACUCAAGUCCCACCUCCUCAUGUUGCCCUUUUGGUUCCGAGUGCCCAUCUUCAGAGAUUAUAUCAUGUGUGGAGGUCUGGUGUCGAGCUCCAAGUCCAGUCUCUCCUACCUGCUGAGUCGUCCCCAAGGAGGAAACGUUGCCGUUAUUGCGGUGGGCGCAGCUCCAGAAGCGCUGGAUGCUCGCCCGGGAGCUUUGACGCUGCAGCUGCGGAAAAGGAAGGGCUUCAUCAAAGUGGCGCUGAGGCACGGAGCUCACCUGGUCCCCGUCUUUUCAUUUGGAGAAAACGAGCUCUUCGAUCAGAUUCGGAACCCAAGCGGAUCUCCUCUGAGGACGCUCCAGGAGCGGCUGCAAAGCAUUAUGGGAAUAGCGCUGCCCUUGAUCAACGGCAGAGGAGUCUUCCAGUACAGCUUCGGUCUGUUGCCGCACAGGAAGGCGAUACUCACAGUUGUUGGGAAGCCCAUCCGGGUCCCGACCAGUCCCGACCCGAGCGGCGAGGACAUCGACGCUCUUCAUCAAGUUUACCUGGAACAACUGGGCGAACUGUUUGAGCGGCACAAACACGAAUACGGUCUGCAGGAGCACCAGCAUCUGACCUUCACCUGACCUCUCUAUCCAAUAAAAAUGUCACGCACAAACGCAUAAUUUACAUCAUGAUUGCUCCGUACAAGUGUUGGGCAAAGCAUUCCUUAACCUCCGCCCACCAAAAAUGUACACGAUGUCAAAUACAGUACUGUAUUGAUUGCAAUUUUUUUGGAAACUUUUUCAGUCAUUUAUCAUUUCUUGUCACUGUAAAUCAAAUUAAAAAAAGUGUACAUUUUUUUUAGAUUAAUAAUAAAAAUCAAUAUCAAAUGUG